UUUUCUACAUUCCAGGUUUGGUUUCAAAAUCGCCGCGCCAAGUGGAAGAAGCGCAAGAAGACAACAAAUGUCUUCCGCACACCAGGCGCACUAUUGCCUUCGCACGGUUUGCCACCAUUCGGCGCCAACAUUACCAAUAUUGCCAUGGGUGAGGGUCUCUGUGGAACCGGCAUGUUUGGUGGUGAUCGUUGGGGCGUGGGCGUAAAUCCGAUGACUGCAGGGUUUGGUCAACUUAAUCAAUCUUCGCCGCUUUCAUCUACAAUAAAUAGUGGUCUUAAUUCGGGUAUUAACAUUGGUUCUGCAAUGGGUGCUGGCAGUUAUCAGCAUUAUGGAUUAAACGCUUUAGGUGACUCGAUGAUGUAUCAGCAUACGGUUGGUGGCGUUAGUUGCGGCGCCAGCGGCUCACCUACCACGACCACGCCACCGAACAUUAAUUCGUGCUCGUCGGUCACGCCACCACUGUCGAAUCAGCCAAAUGCAGGGCAAAAUGAGAUGAAUGGCGACCAAAUGGGUGGCCCACCACAUCACCAACAACAACCACCAACGCCGCAACAACAACAACAACAACAGCAGCAGCAACAACAGCAACAGCAAGCCCACCAACAAAACCACCAUCAUCAACAGCCACCGUCACAACAGCAACAACAACAAUUCGCCAACUACUUUGAGGGAAAUGUCCUGCAAUACAAUACCUUCGAGAACGAUAGGGAAUUCAAGAUGACUAUGAUAUACCGCAGCGUGCAGUACUAG